CAAGCUCUAAACUGCAGUGCUGGGUUUCAACCCCACUAUCUUCUUCAAUAUGCUACUCUCAUGGAUUGCAAUAAAACAGAGCCUCAAAGAUAUCAGUUAUCUGGCUUUGGAUGUUUUCAUAACUGGUAAAAGGGAUGGCUUUCAAAUUACUCUCACCCUCCUCCUCACCUGUAGCUUCUCCAGCCUCCUGCUCAGCUCCCUGCUCCUCCUGUACCUCAUCUCCACCCUGAGCUAUGAGCUAGCUGUGGCUGGAGGGAUUGCUGGCUGCUUUGGGACACUACUGACAGUUGCCCUCUUCCUAUCAAAGAGAGUAAGGUGCUUGGGGACUCUAUUUGUGAUCUCUAUUUUCAUGAAGAAGAGUCGGAACCUGCUCCUGACAGCUGGGACCAGUUUAGUGGUUCUUGGAAAUAUACGCAACACCUUGGAGAACCUCACAGGCCUGGUCAGGAGUAUGAUUUGCAACCUGAAGGCCAAGAAAGCAGCCAUCAUUGCUCCAUUCAGUAACUAUGUGAAGAUGUUGAAGUGGAUUGGAAACAUGCUCAAGGGGGUUACAGAUUUAGGGGUUUUGAACCUUGACUCUCAACUCAAGGUUUCACCCAGACUGGAAUCAGAACAAUUCAGAGAGAAACUCACUGAAGCAGAGCAGAAGCUGAAUGAAACUGUAAAGUAUGUACAGUCCCUCAUGAAUACAGUCUCCUCUGUGACCGAGCGGCUGUUUCCUGCCAUCAGCUUCCUCGUGCUCAUGAUGUUUAUAGCGCUGCACAUAAAGAAAUUCUGCAAUGACAGGAAAUACGAAAACAGGUUCAUCAGCAGCAAAUUUGUUAGUUUUGAUGAGAAGCAGAAGGCGGAAGGAAAGCCCCACGUCCUCCCCCUCACACCAGAGGAAGAAAAAUUGUACACUGCUGUCCCCUCCGCCCAUCCCACCGCCAGAGAGGGGAGAGCUAUGCUGAGAUUUAGUGUUCCUGUUGUCUCCCAUUUUGUAUCUUGGGUCAUAUUUAUAACUGUGGAUGCCUUAUUGUACUGUUUUGUUGAUAUUAUAACCACCAAGUUAUCAGAGCUGGAACCAUUCCAUGUCCCAUUGUUAAUGAGCAUCAAAGGGAUUGCAACUUUAAUAGGUAUACCAUUAGGUGAGGAAAACCAUCAAAAAGACUUUUCCUACUCUGUGACCCUGUUUGAGAAGAAAUGUCUUCCUAAACCCAGGCUGCUGCUCUAUAACUCUGUAGUUCCUUUGGCUGCCAUCCUGCUCACUCUGCUCAUUAUGGCUCUGAUGGCUGCCAAAGUGGCCCAGCUCAGGCUGAUGGUCUGUGAGCGAUUUUUCUCCACUGCUGCGGAGGAGAGAGUGGAAUACCUGCAUGCCAAAAUCCUGAGGAAGAGAUUAAAAAGGAAGAAGGAGAAAAACAUCUGCAGCCUCACAUCACUCUGUUUUAAGCCACAUUUCUGGUGCCCUCUGCUCUUCAGGCCCAAAGAGGAUCUACAAGGUAUCGUGUGAGGAAAUUUCGGCUGCAUGAUAUUUGAUUCUGUGAAUAAGGAAGCAUACGAAAACAUAUGAAAGUCUCCUGGUGAGGACAUUUUUUGUUACUGUUGAUCAUAAUAUUCCGUUAGAUAAGUAGGUAGAGAGGUAGAGUCUGACUGUUGUUUUAGGCCUUCUGCUAUUUACUCCAUAUAUAAAUAAUAUUUAUUUUCCAGCUGAAAACUGCAAUGUCCAUUUUUAUACGGACGAUAGAAUCAUAUUUGCCAUCGGCGCUACCUCAAACCUGACCUUCAGGUUACAGUCUGCUUUUGAUGACCUCCAGAUCUCUUAUUAAUUUACAGAUUGUUCUAAACUCCAAAAAGACAAACUGUGUGCAUUUCCUAAGAGCAAAGAGCUUUGAUCUGUACUAAUAAUGGAAAUCUAAUAGAUACAGCACAGCAGACAGAGCUUUUUUCUCCUUUCAAAACAGAACACCAUUAUACAAUCCAUUAUACUAUGCACUAUACUACACUGGAUUAUGGAGAUAUCUUGUAUGAAAAUCACAGUCUAGGAAAGAUUAAAAAGUUCUUCAUACCAACUCUACACUGGGGAAGACUGGUUUCCAGUACUAUACACCUUACAACUGGAUUUAACUGAAAAAGUGACACAUCUGAAGGAGUUUAAACUUCUACUUUCUGAUAUUUUAAAUAAUUUUUGUGACUGUUUAAGUGUGUGUGUGUGUGUGUGUGUGUGUGAGACUGUUUUUUGUUACUGAAUUGUCUUGUUGUAAUGUUAUAUGUAGUUUUUUUUCACUACAUGUAUACUGUAGAUACUUUUCUAUAUUAUAUUUAAUGGGAUAUUUUUAACAAUAAAUAUAUGACUAUAAAGUACCUCAUACAACCCCACUUCAAAAAACCCAAACUAUCCCUUUAAAUAAAAGUCCCAUAAAAGACUUUUUGGAGCCAUUGUAUGUUUCAUUUUACUCUGUAUCAAUAAUUUAAGUUUACAAUUAUGCAUUCAUGAGGGUAGCAGUGAAUCCUAUUAUUUACAAGCACUCUUCUGUAUUUGUCUUAGAUAACAGAGCACCAAACAGAUUCUAAAAUACAGAGGCAGGCUUCGGUAUUUUACCUCCAUGUGUAAUGCUCCCCUGCAGAGUGUAGCACAGAGAUAUCUGCUUACAUAAUCUAAGACAGAUGUCCCCUACAUGUGCAGUGAACAGCACUGUCCACUUUCCACUUACACACUGUCACUGUUCAUUAACAACUCACAGGUGAUAGAAAGUGGAACUACACUUGCUUUUAUUUCAACUCCUUCACAUCAGUUUUACAUCAACUUGCAAAGUAUAACAUUGCUCUCGUUCAUUCAAUGUAUAUUUUUUUAAUUCCAUUAUUCUGAAAUUAUUUGUUUAUUUGUUAUGUCUAAGAUUUGAUCAAAGUGAAAUUUCCUAUUUGAAUUAAAUUAAACCAGCAAAGAGUUGGUUAAGAAAAAACUCUUCUUAUUGUCAUCAUUUGGGACACAUAACCUCAAAUUGCUCUUAAUGAGCAGACCAGACCGUUAUAUUAUAUUGUGGACUCUUAUAUGCGGUCUAAUUAAAAAAAAAAGAAUAGUUUUUCCUACUCUCGUAAAA